AUGCGAAGGCCUGAUGUACCUUUGCAAGACGUGAGAGCUGGCUACGUAACCAGGGAACCGGAAACUCAACCUGUGAUGUACAAUCCUCAACAAUAUGAACGAAGAUUGGAAGCCGGUCCUGAAAUACGAAGGCCUGAUGUACCUUUGCAAGACGUGAGAGCUGGCUGCGAAACCAGGGAACCUGAAAUCCAACCUGUGAUGUACAAUCCUCAACAAUAUGAAUCAAGAAUGGAAGUUGUUCCUCAAAUACGAAGGCCUGAUGUACCUUUGCAAGACGUGAGAGCUGGCUACGGAUCCAGAGUACCUGAGAUACAACCUGUUGUGUACAAUCCUCAACAAUAUGAACCAAGAACCGGACCCAUUCCUCAAAUACAAUGGCCUAAUAUACCAUUUCAAGACGUGAGACCUGGCUACGGAUCCAGAGUACCUGGGAUACAACCUGUUGUGUACAAUCCUCAACAAUAUGAACGAAGAUCGGAAAACCGUUCCUGA